AUGCCAGAGCCAGUCAAAAAAGCAGUUUCAGCAUUUGCCAAGAAACCAAAGACUCAGGAGGCCGAGGAGGGCUCCUCUGUGGUCUUUGAAGCAGAGACCGAGAAGCCUGACGCUAAAGUAAAAUGGCAGUGCAACUCAAAGGACAUCGCCAGCGGUGACAAAUAUGUGAUCACAGCCGGCGGAAACAAGCACUCCCUCACUAUAAAAGCUAUUACCAAAGAAGAUGCCAAUGUCUAUGCAGUGAUUGCUGGGGGGUCAAAGGUCAAGUUUGACCUGAAAGUCGUAUCAAAGCCAGUCAAGGCCCCUGCUGCUGAUGCACCCAAGGAGUCCGGUGAGCAGGCCCCUGCUGAUGCACCCGCACCUGCACCUGCUGCAGAACCAGCACCAGCUCCCGCUCCGCCUGCAGCAGCACCCACAGAGGGGCAGCCCGCUGCCCCCGCACAAGAUGCUCCUCCAGCUGAGGACGGACAGCCUCCGGACACCAGACAGGACCUGACGGGACUCUUCACAGAGAGACCCCAGAGUGGAGAGGUCACUGUAGGUGGAAACAUCACGUUUAUAGCGAAAGUGAAUGCUGAGUCACUGCUGAAGAAACCAACCAUCAAAUGGUUCAAAGGGAAGUGGAUGGACCUCGCCAGCAAGUCUGGAAAACACCUGCAGCUGAAAGAGACGUACGACCGCAACAGCAAGGUCUACACGUUUGAGAUGCAAGUGAUCGCAGCCAAGGCUAACUUUGCUGGAGCUUACAGGUGUGAGGUUGCAUCCAGGGACAAGUUUGACAGCUGUAACUUUGAACUGACUGUACAUGAGGCUUGUGUUGCUGAAGGUGGUUUUGACAUCAGAGCAGCUUUUAGGCGCACUAGCACAGAUGGAAAUGACGACUCUGGAGAGCUGGACUUCAGUGCUUUAUUAAAAAAGAGCAGCAGUUUCUUAAAAUCCUCAAAUCGAGCCGUGCAGGUGAGCACAGAGCCGGAUGUGGACGUGUGGGAGAUCCUCAGCCACGCUCCUUCUUCAGAAUAUGAGAAGCUCGCUUUUCAGCACGGCAUCACCGACCUGAGAGGCAUGCUCAAGAGACUGAAGAAGAUGAAGAUGGAGGGGAAGAAAAGUGAAGCUUUCCUUAAAAAGUUGGACCCUGCUUACCAAGUGGCAAAAGGACAAAAGAUGAAACUGGCCGUCGAGGUCGCCAACGCAGAUGUUGAUGUGAAAUGGCUGAAGAACGGACAAGAAAUCCAACCAACUGGGAGCAAGUACAUCUUUGAGAGCGUCGGCAACAUGCGCUACCUCACCAUCAACCACUGCUCCCUGGCAGAUGAUGCAGCUUACGCCUGUGUGGUGGGAGAGGAGAAGUGCACCACUGAGCUCUUUGUUAAAGAGCCUCCUGUCCUGAUUGUGAAGAAUCUGGAGGAUCAGAUGGUCAUGAAGGGCGAGCGGGUGGAGUUGGAGUGUGAAGUCUCUGAGGAAGGAGCCAACGUGAAAUGGGAGAAAGACGGAGUGGAACUGACCAGAGACGAGGCGUUCAAAUAUCGCUUCAAGAAAGACGGCUGCAAACACAUCCUGAUCAUAAAUGAAACCACAAAGGAAGACUGCGGCCACUACAAGGUCAAAACGAACGGUGGCGAGUCCAUGGCUGAACUCCUGGUGCAGGAGAAAGACCUGGAGGUCUACCAGAGCAUAGCAGACCUCACGGUGAAGGCGAAGGACGAGGCCGUGUUUAAGUGUGAGGUGUCGGAUGAGAACGUGAGGGGAACCUGGUACAAGAACGGUGUGGAAGUCAAGCCUGAUGCCAGAAUAAACAUCUCACAUAUUGGCAGGAUCCACAAACUGACCAUUGAUGACGUCAAACCGGAGGAUGAGGGAGACUACACUUUUGUGCCGGACGGCCACGCUUUCAACCUUUCUGCAAAACUCAAUUUCCUGGAGGUGAAGAUCGAUUACGUGCCACGUCAAGAUCCUCCUAAGAUCCACCUGGACUGCAUGGGUCGCACCGCCGAGUCCACCAUCGUGGUUGUCGCUGGCAACAAACUGCGUCUGGACGUCCCCAUCACUGGAGACCCGGCGCCCACCGUGGUCUGGACCAGAGGAGAGCAGGCUAGUUCUGUAAAACCUGACGGAGAGAUGAAAGAGGGGCCGAAAACCACUUGGACCCUGAAGGAUGGGGAUGUCCUCACGGAGGGGGACGGCCGGGUCCACGUUGAAACCACCAAAGGACACUGUAUCUUCACCAUCGAGGGGGCCGAGAGGCAGGACGAGGGGAUCUACUCUGUAGUGGUUCGAAACCCCGCCGGGGAGGACACCGCUGAUAUCAGUGUGAAAGUUGUAGAUGUUCCAGAUCCUCCGCAGGCUCCCAGAAUCCUCAGCGUGGGAGAGGACUCCUGUGUGGUCCAGUGGGACCCUCCUCAGUUUGAUGGCGGACAGCCAGUUAUUGGCUACGUGGUGGAGAGAAAGAAGAAGAAGAGCUACAGGUGGAUGAGGCUGAACUUUGACCCUUACCCUGAGACGACCUAUGAAGCCAAGCGGAUGAUUGAAGGGAUGGAGUACGAGAUGAGAGUCUACGCUGUCAACGGCAUCGGCAUGUCUCGCCACAGUCCGGCCUCGCAGCCUUUUGUUCCAGUGGCCCCCACUAGCCAGCCCAUCGGACUCUGCGUGGAGGACAUCAGUGACACUUCCAUCUCGCUGAAGUGGCGUCCUCCUGAGAGGAUCGGCUCGGCUGAACUCGAGGGCUACGGGGUCGAGUACUGCAAGGAGGGCACGGAUGAAUGGAUCCCGGCCAUGGAGGGUCUGACUGACCGGACAUCACUGACUGUCAGAAACCUGAACACCGGAGACAAGCUGCAGUUCCGUGUGCGAGCCUUCAACAUGGCCGGCCCGAGCGCUCCCACCACGCUGGCUCAGCCCGUCACCAUCAGAGAGAUUAUGCAACGUCCUAAAAUUUGGAUCCCCAGAAAUCUCCGCCAGACUCUCAUCAAGAAAGUUGGAGACCAGGUCAACCUUGUGAUUCAGUUCCAGGGUAAACCCAGGCCAAAGGUCACAUGGAGCAAAGACGGAGAGACUCUGAGUCCACAGUUCGCCAGUGUGAGGAACAGCGAUUUUGAUACGAUCCUCUUCAUCCGAAAGACGGAGAGGAAACACUCGGGGAAGUACGACCUGAAGGUGCAGAUUGAGAACGUGGAGGACACAGCCAGUAUCACGCUGCAGGUUGUUGAUCUUCCCGGCCCUCCUCAGGCUCUGAAGAUCAUGGACAUCUGGGGCUUCAACGUGGCUCUGGAGUGGAAGCCGCCGAAGGACGACGGAAACUCUGAAAUCACCGGUUACACCAUUCAGAAAGCUGACAAGAAGACCAUGGAAUGGUUCACAGUGUACGAGAUGUACAGGCGGACUCACUGCGUGGCGUCCGACCUCAUCAUGGGGAACGAGUACGUCUUCCGGGUCUUCUCCAACAACAUGGUGGGCCUCAGCCUGGACCCCUGCAUCACACCGGACAGCGCCUUCAUCCAGAAGACAGGUAUAUCGUACAAGCCGCCCACCUACAAGGAUCCCGACUUCUCACAGGCUCCAAAGUUCACACAUCCGCUGGUGAACCGGUCCAUCAUCGCAGGAUACAGCACGACGCUCAGCUGCUCAGUCAGAGGCAUACCCAAGCCCAAAGUGACCUGGUACAAAAACAAGAUGGACAUCUCAAAUGAAGCCAAGUACCGGAUGAUCAGUAAACAAGGCGUCCUGACGCUGGAGAUCCGUAAGCCGUGUGCGUUCGACGGGGGAGUGUACAUGUGCAAGGCCGUCAACGCCAGCGGGGAGGACAUCGUGGAGUGUAAACUGGAGGUCCGCCCUCAAAUCGCUAAAGAAGAAAAGAAGAAAGACGUUUGAGUUGCUGACUGAAGAGAUCGAUUUGUCUCCUGCGUUUCGAGAAACUCUCCAUCUGCAUCACAAAGUGUGUUGAGCCAACUUCCCUUUCUGAUUUUUUUUUUUUUGCACCACUUUCCUCCUCUGGAAUCAUCUUAGAUCUCUUCAUACUCACUGCUGUGUUGGUAUCAUGUGUACACACUGGAUUACAGAAAUCUACACUCUGAGAGUAGAGAUUAAACAUGCAUAACGGUCGAAGAAGGUAGCAAUAUUUCUGAUUGUUGUGUUUGGAUUUGUGUGCUAACAAAGGUCAAUAUAAAAAUACUUCAAAAACA